UUUUUUCAUAAGUUUCUGGAAUGAAUAGUUUUUAAUGUCGUUCUCAGAAAAUUUCAAAAGUAAAGUCAGUACAAUGUAAUUAAGUUACAUAUGAUAUAUUAUUCUGCUGCUCUGUUAGGGUAGUAUUUGUUUAUUUGUAAAUCAUAACCACAAAUCUGAAUCUUAUUUUGUCGAUUUGUGAUUUUCAUAUUUCCCACUAUAUUUCUGAGAACUGUGAUUUCCAUCGGGAGGUAAUCAAAAUGUCUUGAUUUCUUUUGAUUUUUUUCAAGCCUGUCAAUAUUUUUUUUGAAACGAGUUUUAUUCAAGAGAUACAAUAAUCAGUUUGAAAAUUAGUGUCCACUAUGUUAUGUCUCCAUCGUGGCCACGUUUUCCUUUUGCACUGUUUGAAAAUCUGAGAAAUAAUAAAUUUAUGGUAUCUCUUUCAAAAUAUCCAUGCCAUGCAAAAGUCGAGUAUACAUAUGCACCUAUAUGAAAAUCAAAUACAUAAAUUAUAUAUACACAGACUUACUGAAGCCACAACUGUUAUUACUGAAAUAUUUUAGUUGUGGAGGUAUGAAUUUUAUUAAUACUAUUUUCUGAAGAUGGGAAAUGAUUGAUAAGAAACAUUUAAAUAUACCAUGAAACUGUAUUUCUCACCGAACAUGUUCUGUCAGUGUCACUAUCACUGUGAGCCAAACUCGAAGAGCAUACAUACACGAUAGAGUAUGGAAACAUUGUGGCGUCCUUAAAUUUUUUUUUAUUCUGUCUGCCAGAGUCAUCUUUUAUUCUCAGAUUCCAUAAAUCUAAAAUAGGAAAUGAAAAAUUAUAACGAAAACUUUUUGAGUUUUUCUAGCGGUGGAUUUGACUUUUCUAAAUUUCUUCUAAUUCUCAUGUUUUCUUCACGGUGCUAGACAAAGAGACGAUAAGUCUUACUAACUUUGUGUCUUUUUGUAACGUGUUGAGCCACAGCUUAGAUCCACCAUAAUUUUUGGGGGUUAAAGAUUUAUGCAAUCUUCAAUAAUUUUCUCAAUUUACAGACAAAAUGUGAAUAUUGAUCAAAUUAUGUAUUUUACAAAUCAAAUUUUAAAGUCUCAAUAAUAAUUUGGAAAGAAAUAAUAUUCAAAUUAGCAACUAACAGUCAUGGUUAGCUGGAGUUUACAGACUAGAUAAGCGAAUCCAAGUUUAUCAUCAGUACAUUUGAAUAAAUAUAAAGUAUACUACAUGGAGAAACACAACUUAAUUUCACUAUAUCCAACUAAGUUAUAAUCAAAAUGCCUAUUAAGUUAAUCCACUUGGAAUAAGUAAGUAGUUUUCCCUUAUUGUUUAGUGUUUACUCUUAUAAAAGUACAAAAAACUGCUUAAAUCAAAGAACCCUUACAGCAAACCAGUCACAUAGAUCGAGAACAUCAAAAUAAAUAAAAAAUUAAGAAGGAUGAUAGCUUAAAUGUAGUAAACAAGAAACAAAUAUGAUAGCCUAAACAAAUUAAAACAUUAAUCAUAUAAAAGAGCCUCUAAAAAUCUCACCAACUCUCUCUCUUUCCUCAGCUUCAUUUAUGUUUUUCUCCUCUACCACUCUCUGCUCCUCUCCUUUGGUCUUUCUUUGUCACACGCAUUCACGUAUAUAUACAAACACAUCAGAUUCUUGUUUAGAGAAAGAGAAAGAUUCAAUAGAAAAAUUAUUUGAUUUGUUCAUUUAUUUCUACUGAGUAUAACCCUACAAGGCUAGAUUUUACAUUUUUUUCCUUCUUUUCAUAGAUUUUUUUGAGUCAAUGGAUUUAACGGACCGUGGCAACCCUUUCAACAAUCUAGCUUUUCCACCGCCACCGCCGCCAUCCACCACCUUCACAAGCCCUCUAUUCCCAAGAUCAAGCUCUUCCGCCACGAGUUUUCCCAUUCUCGCCGUGGCAGUGAUCGGAAUCUUAGCUACUGCCUUCUUGCUUGUAAGUUACUACAUCUUCGUGAUCAAAUGCUGUCUUAACUGGCACCAAAUCGACAUCUUCCGCCGCCGAAGAAGAAGCCAAAACCCUCUAAUGAUAUACUCUCCUCAUGAGCUAAACCGAGGUCUUGACGAGUCAGCCAUCAGAGCUAUCCCAAUCUUCAAGUUCAAGAAGAGAGACGUUGUUGGAGGAGAAGAUCAGGACAAGAGCUCCCAAGAAUGUUCUGUUUGCUUAAACGAGUUUCAAGAAGACGAGAAGCUGAGGAUUAUUCCUAAUUGUUGCCACGUGUUUCACAUUGAUUGCAUUGAUAUUUGGCUUCAGGGCAACGCGAAUUGUCCCUUGUGCAGAACCAGCGUUUCUUGGGACGCAAGUUUCUCUCUUGACCUAAUUUCUGCACCGAGUUCUCCUCCUAGGAAUGGGAAUCAUGGAAACGACGCGGUUCAAGGAGGUGACAAUGAGUUCUUCGUGAUUGAGCUUGGGAGCAGUAAUGGUAAUAAUAGACAAAGCGUGAGAAGCAGAGAGUUACUUGCAGAACAAGAAAGGGCUACCUCGGAGGAAGUGUUGAUAAGUCCUUCACCAAAAAAGUUUGAUCUUCAUGCAAUGCAUAAUAAAAAGGGAAUGUUUCAUAAAGUGACGAGUAUGGGAGAUGAAUGCAUCAAUACUCGUGGAAAAGAUAGUCAAUUCAGUGAGAUCCAGCCCAUAAGAAGAUCGAUCUCGAUGGAUUCUUCACUGGAUCGCCAGAUGUACUUGGCUGCUCAAGAGGUGAUUGGCCGGAACACCGGGAAGGCUGUAAUGGUGGCCGGAGACGGUGGAGGUUCUGCGGAAGGUUGUAGCAGUAGUGGUGGUGAUAAUAACAGAGUGAUGAAGAGAUGUUUCUUCUCUUUUGGAAGUAGUAGAUGUUCUAGAAGUUCCUCAAUAUUGCCUGUUUAGUUUGAACCCAAAUUGUCUUUCGUCUUCUUUAUUUAUUUUUUGAAAAUUUUAUAUUGUUUUGUGAAUUUUUAAAUAAAUAAUUAGAGAUGAAUCUCUUAAAAUUAUUUUGGAGGGUGAGGUUGGAGAGAAAUGUAUGCUCACUGUUUAUAAGUCAAAGGAGAUAAUGAGUAGUUGAAUAGUUCCAUUGAAAUAGUAGUGAAUAGUACUACUUUUUAAAAAGAUGUGAAUAGUAUUCUCUUUGCAUCAAAUGUGCUAAGGAAUCAAAAAAGUCACACCAACUGUGUAGGUGAUUUUCUUAUUUUUUAAAUUCAGAAAGUAGAACAAAGGUUAAAACAGACUGAAAUUUGGCUAAGAGUCGAAUUCUUUGCUAGCCAUUAAUUUAACACUGCAUAUCCAAGAAUUCUCCAAAGCUUGUAAAUUUCCAAAACCUCUUUUAUUUGAGUUCAUGUCCUGUUAGAAAGACCUCCAACAGUAUCAAUACAACGAUGAAGAAAAUGGACAGGGCAAAAAAAUAAACUUGCUAGGUUUAAGCAAACUCGUAAUAAGGAAUUAAUAUAAUAAGUUUGAGUUUGUAAUAAGGUGAAGAAGCAAAAAAAAAUCUAAUAUAAAACUCCAUAUUUAAAGUACAUAGCAACUUAACUGAAGUGAACAAAGCUAAAAGAUAGCGAGCUAGGACAGCUUAAGCGGUUCUUUCAAUCUUUGAUCUCAGAUUUGUCUGCAGCCAAAGCACCACUUACAAUCUUGAUCUCGGGAGCAAGAGACCCAUUUUGUUCCCCUCAGGCAUGUCACACGAAGCGCUUGUUUCAAUCUUCGAGACUCUUACUCCCCGUAGGUUUUCCGAAAACGCGCCUGUUUCUUCUUAAGGCGCAACAGCAAAAGAUAAGUAGAAGAACCUUCCUUACCAUUCACUUGAUCUACAUGGAGAUUCAUACAUGGCACAUAAUAAAACUCAGAUUAAAGGGAAAAGUAAAGCCCUAGCUAAAUAAAACAGUCGGUUUCAAACCAAACAAUAACACUACAAGAAAACACAAGUUUUACGAGGGCAGUUUUCCUCGCUAAUUCGUCGUAAAAGCAGUGUUACGACGAAUUAGCGAGGAAACCCGUUUCGUCGUUAUAUGUUUGUCGUAACGCAUAUAUCCUCGCUAAAUCGUCGUAAGUUAGCGAGGAAAUAAUUUCGUCGUAAAAGCGAAGGAGGAUAUUUCGUCGUAAAGACCACGUAAAGAUUCCUCGUAAGGACGUCGCUAAUUUUCCUCGUAAAGACCACGUAAAGAUUCCUCGUAAGGACGUCGCUAACAUUCCUCGUAAUUACCACGAAAAUCUUUCCUCGUAAGACACACGUAAAUAAAUACUCGUAAAAUUGACGUAAAUUGAAAACUUUCCACGUAAAGAAAACGUAAAAACCUUGAUAGAUUUCCAAACGUUUCCUCGUAAAAACCACGUUAAGCUUCCACGUAAAGAAGCCGCAAAAUUAGCUACGAAUUUACUUCGUUUCAUUAUUUUAUAGAAAUAUAAAAAAUUAUAAUUAUAAAUAUAAUUUAAAUUAUUUAAAUUAUUAAUGAAAUUAAAAUUCUAAAAAAAUCAAAACCAAAAUAUUUUAUUUAUAAAUAAGUUUUGAAUUCAUAAUACAAUAACCGAAAUUAAAAAGAACUUGGGUGGUCGUUAAUUAAUCGCCUCGUAGAAUUCAUCACUCCUCGCCUGAACAUCCGCCUCGGCAUGUGAGUCGUCGGUCGGUGACUGGCCUGGGAUAGGAUUUUGUUGUCGCAUGGUCCUCAACAAAGUCGCCCAUUCCGGAUUUGUGGCCGCUACAACGUCCAAGAAGCCCUCGAGUCCACCCAUACGAGAUCGCAGCUGAGUAGAAUCUCUACGCAGCUCAGUAGACUCUCUACGCAGCUCUUC